AUGUCUGAAGUGAAACAUGAAAUAGCGUUUGUUAAUGGGAUACGCCUGCAUUAUGUUCGGGCGGGUAAGGGUGAGCCGGUUUUGCUAGUGCAAGGCUGGCCGCAGACCUGGUACGAAUGGCACUGCGUAAUCCCUCUUCUCGUUGCAGGUGGCCAUGAAAUCAUUGCCGUUGAUAUGCGCGGGUCAGGUGAUUCUGAUAAACCAGACUCAGGUUAUGACAGUAAUUCUGUUGCCGAAGACCCUCACGCGCUUGUGAAGCAUCUAGGGUUUGAAAAGAUCCGUGUUGUUUCGCACGGCAACGGCGCGCGCGUUUCCUAUGCCUAUGCAGCUAAUUACCGGAGUGAGGUAAAGAGCUUGGUUUUUUUGGAAAGUAAAAUACUGGGUAUCGAAAGCGAUGAUGAUGCAGAAAAGGAAUACUGGCAUUUCGGAUUCCACCAGGCUCCUGAUCUUGCGCAGUUGCUCGUGACUGGUCGUGAACGAAAAUACCUGAGCUACUUUUUCAAAACGUACUCGUACGACCCCAAUUCUACUACAGAAUCAGAUUUGGAUGAGUUUGUGAGAUGCUACUCAGCGCCCGGCGGCCUGAGGGGAGGGUUUGAGUUCUAUAAGGCCUUUCCUGAGUCAGCGUGCCAGAGCCGUGAACUGGCUGUUAGAAAGCUGGAUAUUCCCGUUCUUGCGUGGGGAGGCUCGCAUUGUAUGGGCGAAAUCAGUUACCGCAGUAUGACGCUGGUUGCAAAUAAUGUCGCAGGAGGAAUUAUCCCGGAGUAUGGCCACUGGAUCCCAGACGAAAAGCCGGAUUUUAUCGCGAAAGAAAUAUUAGCAUUCCACAAAAAAAGCGGCUGA